ACUAAGAAAAACUUUAACAGCACAGGAAGUGGGGCGAAAAACUGCUGGGCUCUUAAAACAGCAGUACUGACAGGAGAUACAAUUUAGCAAACAAGGCGACGCCACACCCCACCCGACCUAAGGACCCCUGCGCGUGCGCACACGCUCCCAACGGCCAGGUCUGCGCGUGCGUGCCCCUGCCCCAGGAUUACGUAGGCCGCCCGCCGGGCACGUGCACGCACGUACGCGCGCCCUCCACGACCCACGCCUCCGACGCGGCCAUUGGCGGUGUUUGGGUCCCGGAGGUGAGCCCCUGGAAGGCAGGGAUUCUGAGAGGCCGGGGCGAACCUGGAGGCGGGCUCUCGGCGAGCCGGACCGCCGCCGGAGAUGGAGGCCGGGCGCCCGCGGCCGGUGCUGCGCUCCGUGAAUUCGCGCGAGCCGUCCCAAGUCAUCUUCUGCAAUCGCAGCCCUCGCGUCGUGCUGCCCGUGUGGCUCAACUUCGACGGCGAGCCGCAGCCCUAUCCGACGCUGGCGCCGGGCACCGGCCGCCGGAUUCACAGCUACCGAGGUCACCUUUGGCUCUUCAGAGAUGCAGGGACAUACGACGGGCUUCUGGUUAACCAGACAGAAUUAUUUGUGCCGUCUUUGAAUGUUGAUGGACAGCCUAUUUUUGCCAACAUCACACUGCCAGUGUACACCCUGAAAGAACGAUGUCUCCAGGUCGUCCGGAGCCUUGUGAAGCCUGAGAACUACCGGAGACUUGACAUCGCCAGGUCACUCUACGAAGAUCUGGAGGACCACCCAAAUGUACAGAAAGAUCUGGUGCGCCUGACACAGGAACACAUCACCAAUCAGCCACCAGAAGAGGAGCUCAAUGGAAAUUAGCGUUCCUGUGUCUCAGCUUCUGCUGAUACUGAUGAGUCUUGCUCUAAAAAGAGGACUGGCCAUUACUCUCAGCUUCACAGUAUCUUCUUAAUGAAAUAUACUACUUUGCUUGAAGGAAAGGUGGUUGACUCUGCUAGUUGUUGCUGUGUAGAGGGGCAAACAUCAGUAAGAAUCACUUCAUUCCUGCCCUUUGUCGAAGUACUCAUUAGGAGAAAAUAGUUGUAUUUUGUUCCUAGUGAGUUGGGCAACUUUCAGUGUAAGAGUGUUCGAAUAUGGAAUUCGGUAAGAAUUGCAGCAUAUGCUUUUACCCAGGGAGAAAGCAGUGGCUUCUGUUUUGACCUAAUGUAAUGUGGUUGGUGACAUGCCCAGCUCCCAGUGGAAGAAGAGAGUAGGUCAUCCUGGAGGCAAGGAGCGCUCUUUCUCUUAAGGCUCCGCUGCCUAGCUCAGUGCUGGUGAGCCGAUGGCACAUGUGCUGCAGAAGGCUGUUAUGACUGCUCUGAAAGGUUCACCCUCACUGUCCUGAGCCUCCAGUCACUGGGGAUCAGUGAGCAAAUUAGGGGAUGCGUCAGUGGAAAGGGUUCAGAAGGUUGGCAUUAUCUUCUGGUCAAGGAGGCCUUAGCCUGUGGCAUGGUGGUGCACACCAGUAAUCCCAGCACUGAGAGGCUGAGGCAGGAGCAUUACUGCAAGUUUGAGGCCAGCGUGGACUACAUAGUGAGACCCUGUGUCAAAAACCAGGGAGAAAUCGUUUUUAUGGAGAGUACUUUCUCUGAUUUUCUAAGUCUCUCACCUUUCUUGGCCCACUUCUGUUGUAAUACUGUUUUGUUUCUAUUUCUAACCAGGAUUGGUUUUCCCCAGUUACUGUGAUAAUAGCAAUUUUGUAACUUGACAUUUACACAAAAAAUAGCAGAAAAGAGCUAUCUUUUGUUUAAUUCUAGUGUGAAAGAGCUGUGCUGUAGACAAAUUGUCAGUUGUGGAUAUGUCUGUUAAAUUUGUGGCAUUUCCAGGCUGAGAACAUAGCUCAGUGGCUUAGCACUCCUGCCUGGCAAGUGUGAGAUCAUGAGUUCAGUUCCUAGUACAAAAGUUUUUUUUGUGGCAUUUCCAGUUGGUUUAGCAUCGUUAUUUGCAGGACCUGGUCACAUCCUACCUGGCUGGAGGAGGAGAGGCUGUGGCCCUCCACUCCCACACCAGUUCCUCCUAACAGUAUGUCCUGGAGUAGCCUGAGAUGUAGUUUUGUGAAUGUACACAUCCUUUCUCACAGGCUGGACAGUAAGUCAUGAACUCAAAUUUAAUACUUAUAUCAGACUUACUUUUUUGUAACUAAUAGCAUUUUAUUUUUGUUUUUGUUUUAAUUCCCCUGGGAAAGGCAAAAUUUAAAAAGAAAAGUAGCCAGUUGCGGUGACGUACGCCUGUAAUCCCAGCAUUUAGGAGGCCGAGGCAGGAGGAUUGCAGAGAGUUUGAGGCCAGCCUGGCCAAAUAGCCAUAGUGAGACCCUGUCUCAACAGAAAAAGAAAAAGUAAAAGGAGAAAGAUUACUGUAGAGACAGUACUUACAUACAAUCACUGUUAACUUUCAAAUAUUUUCUCUCAGCCCUUUAUAGGACACAGUUAGGAUCGUGUAGUAUGUACAGUUUUGUAUUUUCCUUUUUCAUUUAAGUUUAUAACUUAAAUAUUCUCCCGUGUAAUUUAUAAGCUUUCCACAAGCAUUACUGGCCCCCUUGAGAUGAGAGUCUGAAGUGUGGACAGUGUUGCUAGUUCCGUGGGCCACAGUCCAUGGGACUUAGGGUAGUGUCCCUCUGCCUGCAGCUUAUCUCAUUGCCCCAGUCAGCUUUGAGGGUGCUUAGAGAGUAUCAUGCAGCUCCCUGUAGGGUUUGGAUUUUCCGUGGAGGUGGGUGAGGGAGGCAGAGGUCCCUGGAUAGUGUGGAUGUGGCUGGGGUCUGUGGGACCAGGAGGUGGCUGCUGCAGUGCAACACAGGUUUCCUGUUUCAAACUUGUUAGUGUGUCACACAGGUUUUAUCUUUCCCUUGUUAAAUACAAAAUUUUAAGUACUGUUUUUUGUGUUGUCUAAAAGAAGAUGGACCUAUAACAUGAAGCAUGUAUGUUUUAAAUUUGGAAUCUUGUAAAUGUGUUAAGUGUAUUGUUCUUAAGACACUGAUAUUUCCUAUUUUGAAUUUUAAAAAACUUGUGCAUUAAAUGGUGCUGAGCAAAGAAAA